CACUGUGUCGACUUCAUGUUUUAGAGCAACAUACGCCUACUUUCUCUUUCCCGGGUUCUGGUGCUUUUAUUAGAUUACGCAUUAUGGUAAAAGAAAUUCACGUACAGGGAUUGGAAGCUUACAAAAAAGCUGUGGAUGAAAAUAAAGGUAAAACUAUAUUUGCCUUGUUUUCUGGUUCCACCGACGCUGAUGGGAAAAGCUGGUGUCCCGAUUGUGUUACAGCUGACCCAGUUGUAAUGAGAAAUUUAAAGCACGCUGAGGAGGACGCGGUGUUUAUCCAUUGCGGAGUGGGAGAUAGAGCUUUCUGGAAAGACCAAUCAAACGCUUUUAGGAAAGAACCCGGAUUAGAAUUAAAAUCUGUCCCUACAUUACUGAAGGUUGGCCAGAAACAAAGACUGGAAGAAGGACAAUGCGCCAACGACGAUCUUGUUCAGAUGCUGUUUUCUGAUGAAUAAAGACAGUUAUACUAUAAUUACUCACUACAUGUUUUGCUUCUUUAUCAGUUGUCAUCGCAAUCGCAGAAAGUUGAAAUAAAACAGGUUCAUUUGA